AUGAAUAGGCGCAUGCUUACCAAAGAGGAUGAAGCGGCCGGCGAUGAGGUCGAGGUGCGCCGCGAGGACCAGGACAAGAUCAACAGGUUUAGUCGUCUACACCAACGUGAAUUAAACCUGGAGGACGAGCUGAAGGCCAAGAAUAAGGAGAAGGAAGAACUCGACGAUAUAUCCACUGAACUCGAGCUUGCAGACGAAGACGACACGGUGCCUUAUAAGAUUGGUGAUGCUUUCUUCCACCUACCGCUUCCACAGGCACAAGAAUUAUUAGCCUCGUCGACUACAAGAGUGGAGGAAGAGGUGUCGGCACUUGAAGACAAGAUUGGUGGACUAAAGGACGAGAUGACGCAGCUGAAAGUUGAGCUUUACGCGCGAUUUGGGCGUAGUAUCAACCUCGAAACAUAG